AUGUCAGGCAACCAGAAAUCUUCCCCUUCGGAAGAUAUUCGGGGUCAGCUAUCAGAUAUUCAAAAAAAGCUAUUCAGUUCAUCAAUCAAAACAAAGGUUCCAAGAGCUUCGAAACAUGAGAAAGAAAAUAUUUAUCAAGAAGAGGGUACCGAAAAAUCACCUGUGAAAGGUAGAUCACAAAGAAUUCCUAUGCCGGUGGUUCCCAAACCGCAUCUGAUGUCUAGUAUGGGGCCUGAAUCAAAAGGUAAUGACAUGAAUUUCGUUGUAGGGUUAAGUGAGAACUUGCUAGGCGAGUGUAGACGACUAAACACAGAAAACCACAACUAUAAGACCAGGCUUAAAACGGCUCUUCAUGAAUUAGAGGGGUUUAAACAAGAAUGCAAAAGGCUAGCGAGCUCAAAAGAUUCUCAAGACAUGGCUGAAGCAGACUUAAAGGAAAAGAAUUGGGAGUUGGAAACCAACCUAGCAACCUUAAAUGAAAAGUUUUCAAGCCUAAAUUUGAGCAAAGAGAAGUUAUUGAAACUCAACGAAGAAAAAGAUGCAUCAGUUAAUAAAAUUCAGAAGGACUACGACGAGUUAAUCAUCAAAAACAAGACUCUCAUGGAUAAAUACAAUGCCUUGGAAUCUACAUAUUCCAAAGAAUUGAGCGUUCUUAAUGAUAGAAUUGGAGAAUUAAAUGAUGAAAAUGAUCAAUUGCAUUUGAAAAUAGCGUCCACCAGUGAUAAAAAACUAACACAGGAUGUUGAGGAAGAUGUGCCUAGUGACAACGCCUCAGAGAGCAACGUACGUGAAGAUUUGACCGAGAUAGAUAGCGUACUUAUUGAUCCUGUUCCUUUGGACUUACCCUCAUCUGAUCCUCUGAACCCAAGUUUGGAAAUCGAGAACUUAAGAGCUUUAGUAGCACGCAAUAAUAACACAAUUUCAAAAUUGAGAAAUAGUCUUUUGAAGAAGGAAAGGACUCAAUUAGAGACAAAAUCACCAUUAAAGACGACCGCUAAUAGGAAGUCCAUCUCUGACAAGUUCGCAAAUUCAUUUCUGAAAAUUUCACCAAGUAAGCGGAAUUCAAAAUUCUUUGUUUCAGAUGACGACAGUGAUUUCACCAAUCAAUUUGGUAACGAUAGUGAGGCAUGGGAAGAAUUUAUGGAGCAAAAUCUAGCCUCAAGUAGCCCACUUAAAAUUUCCAAAUCUUCGUCCGGAAAUCAUACGGCCCACAUUCCCGUAUCUGGUAGUAAAGCAUAUGAUUCCUUUAAUGACACCAUUCGGACAAACUCAGAUACUGAAAUGGAUUCUUCUCCUCGUGAAAAGGUUGCAUUAUACAAUGAGCUCGUCGGUGCUUUACCUUCUAGAGAGGAAGUUGAGAGAUUUGCAAAAGAGAACGACAUGGUAAUCAUAUCGUCUCAUGAAUAUCAAAACUUAAAGGACGAGGAAAUUUCAGACGAGAAGUUAAAAGAAUUUGCGAGCUGCAAGGAUUGUGUGGUAAUAGAAAAAGAGGAAUAUGAAAGAUUUUUGGAUGAGAGAGAGAUGGCAGAGAAGAUUAAGUCUAAGAGUAUAGUAACCUUACCAUCAGAAGAACUCGAACACCUUCAUAAGGUUCAAGACCAGUUUGAUAAUCCUAAUUUGGAAUAUCUUUCCACCAAAUUAAAUAAUUUUGGGUUCAAUAAAAUCGACAAAAUAGAGUAUGAGAAAAUGCAGCAAAUUAUUCAUGAUUAUGAUAAUCCUUCAUCCAAUUACUUGAUUGAACACUGCAAUGGGAAAAAUUUGAAAGCUUUGAAGUCCGACGAAUACGACCAGUACUUGGAAACAAUGACGAACUUAGAAACACCAACAAAAGAAUAUUUGGCAGCGAGAGCAAAUGAUCUUGGUUUAAUUUUAACUUCUUCUAACUACUAUGACGAACUUACAGCGCUAGCGAAUCUGCCAUCUGAGAGCCACAUUAUUGAAAAAGCAAAAGAAAAAGGACUAGUGACUUUAUCGGAAGAAGCACAUAAGAAACUUGUUAGUCCUAACCUUGAAUCAUUGAAAUCAAGCGCAGAAAAGUUCAACUCAAUUAUUCUUACUAAGGACUUGUAUAAUAAUCUCAUAUAUCCUAGUAAGGAAAAACUAAACGAAACUUGUCAGUUGAGGAAUUUGGUUACUUUAACUCAAGAGGAUUUUGUCGCUUUGAAGAAGGUUGCUGAAGAACCUGAUUUGGAGCAUUUAAAAAAUCAUGCUCCGAAGCACAAUCAAAAAUUACUUUCUAAUGAAGAAUACACGAUGCUCACGCUCAAAGCUGAGAAUCCUUCUUUGGAUACUAUGAAUUCAACUGCUGCUGCGUUAGGAUAUGAAAUUAUAAAGAGGGAAGAACUUGCAGAUAUAAAAACCCUAGCAGACUCUCCUAGCCUUACUCAUGUAAAGAUGCAUGCAGAGCUCCAUGACUUGAUAUGCUUACAAAAGCAAGAAUACGCAACGCUAUAUAAACAAGCCAGUGAGCCGUCAAUGGAGGUUAUCUCACCAAGAUUAGAACAAAUAGGUCAUAAGGCUAUCAGAAGAGAACUCUUCGAAGAACUAGAAACCCUUGCAAAUCAUCCAACUAAGGGACAUCUCGAUGUCAAAGCAGAAAUCCUUGGCUGUUUGGUUGUCACUCAAGAAGACUUCAGAGCCUUAGAAGAUCUCGCACAUAAUCCUCCUUUGAAACACAUCGAGCUAAAGGCUACUGCAAAAGGAAUGGUAGUGGUCAGGGAAACUGAUUAUAAGGAAGUUACUAGCUUGGCAAAUAACCCAUCUAUUGAAACUGUACUGGAAAGAGCAAGGGCGCUUGGCUUUUCUGUUAUCUCCACAGCGGAGGUUGAAAAGUUAGAAGAACUUGCCUAUAACCCUUCUAUUGAUCACUUAAGUCUGAGAGCUGCUAAACAUGAGCACACCUUGAUUAGCAAAGACAGAUAUGAUAAAUUAUCCAAAAUGGCACACAAUCCUGAACUUUCAGAUCUUGAAGUUAUGGCCAGUAAGUUUGGCUGCGCAGUACUAGAUGAAAAUAUUUAUUCCAAACUUAAGGAAAUAGAAGUAUCACCAUCUUUAGACUUUCUUCAAGAAAAAUCAUCGUCGAUUAAUUAUACAAUGAUUAAAAGUCAGGAUUUAAAAGAAUUAAUAAAAAUCAAGGAAGACCCAGAAAUAGGUCUAAUAAUGAAAAUGUCUUCUAGACUUGGCUAUGAUGUGAUUGAAAAAGAAGAAUACUCCAGAUUGUCGGCUCUUGAAAAAUCUCCUGACAUUAAUUUUAUAACAAUCAAAGCGACUGAAAAUGGUUAUGAUGUUAUCAGACGCGAACAGCAUGAAAAAUUAAAACAAUUGGUGGAAAAACCAACCAUAGAGGAUAUAUCAGAUAAAGCUGGGGAAUUAGGAUUCAUGGUCUUGUUAAAAACUGAUUACGAUGCUUUAAUUUCUAUCUCGGAGACCCCAUCGUUAUCACAUAUUGAAGAUAAAGCAGGCGAGCUUGGCUGUACAGUAAUCGAUAAUGAGACAUAUGGGCGUAUUAGAAGAAUUUCGACCAAUCCGACAAUUGACGAUGUCAAUUCAUUGGCUUCCAAACUUAGUCUUGUAAUAAAAACGAAGGAAGAAUAUCUUGAUUUAGAAAGACUUGCUCUUAAUCCAGAUAUUGGAGAUCUUCGAACAUCUGCAGAGAGGUUAAACUUGGUCAUUCUAGAAAAGAGAGAUUACGAAAGCCUCUCUUUGUUGGCCAAAAAUCCAGAUAAGGAGCAUUUGGGUAGGAAAUGCAAGGAGCUCGGGUUAGUAGCUAUUACGAUGGAAGAAUAUGAGAGAAUUAUACAAAAGGCUGAACACCCCUCCACUACGCAAGUACAUCAGGCAGCCUCAUCACACAAUAUGGUCGCAAUUCCGGAGACUGAUUACUGUGACAUGCGUUCUAGAGCUUUUGAGCCUUCAGUCGAAGAUCUUUCGAAGGCUGCGCAAAGACUUGGAUAUAACUUGAUUUUGGAAUCAGAACAUAAUUUGUUCAGUAAUCCAUCUGUAAGCUUCUUAAAAGAGAAAGCUUUGGGGCUUAAUAGUACGGUGUUGGAUAAUGUGGAAUAUAGUAAAAUUCUAAGGCAGAUUGAAGAACCAAGUCGUGAAUUUUUGGAGGAAAAACUAAGAAAGUUUGGUCUAGUUCCAGUCGAGACCAUUGAAUUAAAUAAAUUGAAGGUUCUUGCCUAUAAUCCUUCAAUGGGGCAUCUUGAAAAAAUAGCUAACGAGAAUGAAAUGUUAUUGGUCAAAUCAAAGGAUCAUAUAAAAACGUUAACUUUGCUUAAGCCCGAAAGCAGGGAUACUAUAGAGAAGGUGGCAGAAGAUGCGAAGUUAUCAAACCACUCCUUUAUACCGACGAUUGAAUUGGAGAGAAUUUUGAAGGAAAAUAGUAAAACCCUAUCAGAUCGUGUCUACGAAGCAAAUUUAACCUUGGUUAAAACUUCUGUAAUAAAUAGUCUAUUAAAUGCAUCUGGUUCACUUACUGUUGAGGAUUUGAUGGAAAGUAUAGAAUCGCAAAAGCUUGAAAUUGUGUCUUCAUCGGAAUGGCUGAAGCUAAGAUUGAGAGCUUCGGAGCCUCUAGAGGAAAUAGCAAAAAGCCAUAAUAAGAUAGUUUUAACCAAAGGCGAAUACGAUGAUUUUAGUACUCGUCUGUCUUUACCAUCAAUUAAAAAAGCAGCCGAAAUUGAAGGAUAUAGUUUGAUUGCAAUUGAAGAACUAUCGGCUUUGAGAAAGGUCGCUGGAAGUCCAAUUGAAACACGCGCUCAAGAAAUUGGUAAGAUAUUGAUUCCUCGUAGCGAGUACGAGAACAUGAUUCAAACCCUCCGUACGCCGCCCAUCGAGUUCAUUAUUGAGAAGGCGACAUCUUAUGAUUCUUCAGUUAUCUCUCUGUCAAGGCUUGAAGAAUUGGAAAGUUACUAUGACAAACCGCUUAAUGAAGUUGCUGAAAGUUCAAAUAAGAUAGUACUUGAUAAAAAGGAUCAUGGUAUAUUAUUGGAAGAGUACGAAGGUUUGAUCCGGGAUGCUGAAAUUUCACUCGAGGAAAAAGCGAAAUCUGAGAACAUGAAAUUAAUUCCAGUUAACGUAUAUGACGACUUGAUCAGAGACAAGCAGAGCUUAGAAAAAGGCCUCGAGACACCAACAGUCUCGUACUUGGAGCAAAAAGCGAAAUGUGAGAACAUGAAGCUAGUUUCAGUUGAUGUAUAUGACGCUUUAAUCGAAGAGAAGCAAAAUUUUGAGCAAAGUAUCAAAACUCCAACAGUCUCGUAUUUAGAGGAGAAAGCGAAAUGCGAGAACAUGAAACUAGUUUCAGUUGAUGUAUAUGACGCUUUAAUCAAAGAGAAGCAAAGUUUGGAGCAAAGUAUCAAAACUCCCACAGUUUCGUAUUUAGAGGAGAAAGCCAAAUCUGAAAACAUGCAACUAGUCCCAACUGAACAAUAUGAAGCUUUAAUCAGAGACAAACAAAGCUUAGAAAAAGGCCUCGAGACACCAACAGUCUCGUACUUGGAGCAAAAAGCGAAAUGUGAGAACAUGAAGCUAGUUUCAGUUGAUAUAUAUGACGCUUUAAUCAAAGAGAAGCAAAGCUUAGAACAAAGUAUUGCAACACCAACAGUUUCCUAUUUAGAAGAAAAGGCAAACUUGCUUGACCGUGUUGUCUUACGUGAAAAAGAAGCAAGCGAACUCAAACUAAAGGCAAAUGAAACAAUUCAAGAAAAAGCAAAGGAUCUUUCUCUUAUUAUAGUGGAUGCUGAAUUUUAUGAAAACUUACAGAUGGAAGCUAAUGAGAGCUUGCAACAAAGAGCAAAACGGGAAGGAUUUAAUUUAGUAGAAUCGUCACAGUAUAAUGCGUUGAUCAACCCUAAUUUAGACGAACUAGAGCAACAUGCGAAAAGGCACAUGCAUAGCAUUAUUGCGACUCCAGCAUUAAUUGAUUUAGAGAAAGCAGCAAAAGAGUCCAUAAAUGAGAAGGCAGAAAAUUCGAAUCUCUUAAUAAUUGAGCCUGUUGAAUAUCAAAAUUUGAAAUCAAAAGCGGAAAGGCCAUCUUUUGACUUUAUGAAAGAAAAAAUCAGCUCAUCUGGAUAUACCGUGAUUCCUGAGACCGAGUUAGUAGCCCUUAAGGUAAAGAGUUCGAAGACACUAGAGGAGAGUGCAAAGGAUGAAGGUAAGAAACUUCUUUCAUACGUCGAGUAUGAUGAGUUGGUUAACCCUUCCUUAGAUAAGUUGCACGAGACUGCAAGUAGCUUUCUGUACAAACUCUUUCCAGAAUCUGAACUAGCAGCACUCAUAGCCCGAGACUCUGAGACUUUGGAAGAGAAGGCUAUACGAGAAAACCUAAAGUUAACCACAACCGACUAUUUGAAAGAAUUGGAAGAGCCCUCCGUUGAACGUCUAAGGGUUUUAGCUCUGGCUGUUGAUUGUGUCUUAAUUCCCAGCUCUUCUUACGAUUUCCUAAAAGUAAAAUCUUUGAAAACAGUCUACGAGUUAGCAGAGGAGGCUUCCUUGAAAUUAUUAGGUACACAAGAAUAUGACGACUUGUUGUUAAAGGCGAAUAAGCCUUCGAUUAAACAAAUCGAAGAGAGUGCGAAGGAAAAUGGGUUGAUUACCUUGCCAAAAGAAACGCUUAAAAAGUUAGAGGCAAGAGCAGACGAGUCGCUCGAAGAAGCUGCACAAAGGUAUAAUAUGAAAGUUAUUAGUAAUGAAAAUUAUAAAGAUUUGGUAUGUCCUUCUAUAGAGCUAUUGGAGAAAAAUGCCACUGAAAUAGGGAUGAAGAUAAUACCCAUGGAUCUGUCGAAUAUAAACAAAGAAUCUAAAAAUGAAAGUAUGAAGAUUGACGAAAAUCAUUAUGAAACACUACUGAGUAAGAAUUCUGCUUUAUUGCAAAAACCUGAGCCGCUUGAAGUUUUCAAUCUCGGUGAAAAUAAUAACAGUUCAGAUAAUGUAGCAGAAGCGUCAGCAGUUUCGUUGGAAGAUUCAGGCAUCAAAAAAGUGACAUCCGAUGAUAACAAUGGUGCAGCAAUGUCGAGUUCCCAGGAUCUUGCGAUAGAUGAAGACCAAGUUGUCUUUCAGGAUGCUGAAAAUUCGUUUAUUCUUAACGAAAAUGAGCUCAGGAUGAGCGCCGAAAGGCUCGGCUUAAUUGUUGUACUGCAGAGUGAAUAUGACUUAUUCAUAAGUGAAAAUGGCAAAAAUAAAAUGGUCCCAGAGUCUGACAUUCAUGAACUAAAGCAACAAAUAGCUGAAAAGGAUUCUCUUAUAUUUGAUCUCAAGAGAGCACAUUUGACAAAAGAAUCGCUUAUUGCAAAGCUGAAAGAUUUUAAUCUUGUAUUCUUGGAUAAGACUGACUACGAGAAGCUCAAAAAAGAUACAGACAGGCAUGAGCAGACGGAACUGAAGAGUUUAGGGUUAAGUGGAGACUCCAAGGUAAACAAUGAAGUACAGCCGGCUCCAGAACUUCCAAACAAGAACCUUGUUUUUGAAAGAGUGCGUGAAAUGGGAUUUAUGUGUAUUCCUGAGUCUUGUGCUAUCAAUGUAGAAGAAAGACCCAUAGAUUUUACUAAAGUCACAAUUUUGCCAACAUCUUAUUAUUCAAGCUUGGUCGAUUCUAAACUGUCGCCUGAGAAGGAUAUAUCCGAAGUCGAAUUUAAAAACUAUGCAGAAAAAAAUGGAUACGAGGUUCAAAAGCUUCCCCAUGGAACAGUUGAGACAACCGUUGGCUCAUUUACUACGAAGCCUACUUCUGCAGAUUUAGCUACCCCUCCAGUGACUGCCAUUCGUGAAAAAGGCUCAAUGAAAAAUAUUGGGAACCCCCUCAAAAAGACCACGAUUCCAAAAUCACAUUCAGUAGCAUCAAUGUUGUCUCAUGCACCAAGUGUAGUUGACUCACUUCGAACAACAGGUGGUUUUUCUAUGAUGACAAAUGCUUCAUUGACAGAUAGGUCAAUGAUACCAGCCAUUACACAGGUAGUAAUUGGAGAAUACUUAUUCAAAUAUUAUCGUCGUUUGGGACCAUUUAGUGCAAUUUCUGAAACUCGCCAUGAGCGUUACUUUUGGGUUCAUCCAUAUACUUUAACAUUAUACUGGUCUGAAAACAACCCUGUAUUAGGAAAUCCAUCACACGUGAGAACAAGAGCAGCUGCAAUCAUCGACGUUGAAAGUGUACAAGAUAAUAAUCCUUUACCAACUGGUAUUUAUCAUAAGAGCAUUGUAGUACGCUCACAAGGAAAGAGUGUUAAAUUUACAUGUGCUACAAGAAAACGCCAUAACAUUUGGUACAACGCUUUACGAUACUUAAUUCACCGAAAUAUGGACGAUUUGAUAAUAGAAAAAGAUGCUAACGAUGACAGUGACAAUAACUUUAAGGAAGACCAACUGGUCUCUAACUCCCAUAAGAACGAAGAAAUUUAUGACCCUGGUGAACGCCAAGUUUAUCCGAGAUCAAGAGUAGUAUCUACUCCCACUGGAAUUAAGACACCUGCGAAAACGAAAGUGAGUAGAUUCAAUUCUUUACGCAGAUGA